AUGUCUGGUCAGGUCAAUGCUGAGAACACGGUGAUUGUGAAACACCCACACCCAAGCACAGAGCCUGGAAUUAUGUUUUUACAGAGCUCCAGUGAACUAAACCCUUCACCACUGGCCAUCUGCAGCAUUGAAUCAGCAGCUAGACUAAACCCAAACAAACCAGUUUAUUACUUCAUGCGAGGAUUCAAUGGGAAAGUAUCUGAGUAUCGAGAUCCUGAGUACAAAGGCAUCCGUCUGCUUUCUUCAUUCAAGAAUGUCAUCAUCUUGCCCUUGAAUCCUAAGGAAUUGUUCAGCAACACGCCCUUGGCUGGAUGGUAUGAGAAGGCAGAUCCCAGCACUGAACUGUAUUGGAUUAUUUCGCUAUCUGAUGGCUGUCGGAUAGUCUUGCUGUGGAAGUACGGGGGCACCUAUCUGGACACAGAUAUAAUAUCAAUCAAACCUCUACUGUUCCACAACUUCCUCUGCGCAGAAUUAGGAAAUUAUGCGAAUAAUGCAGCUUUGGGAUUUAACCGUUCUCAUUCCUUUAUAGAGAGUUGUUUAUGGGAUUUUGUUGAGAACUACAAUGGAGCAGUUUGGGGCCAACAGGGUCCAGAACUGAUGACCCGAAUGCUGAAGAAAUGGUGUGAGACUGAUAAUCUCCACAACGUCCUCAACAAAGAAUGCAAAGGCAUUAAGUAUUUGUCCAACGACUGGUUCUACCCUGUUCCAUACCCCGAUUGGAAAAAAUACUUUCAAAAGGAUACAUGGAAAGGGAAUGAUGAUGAGAUUGAAAAGAAAUUCUCAGAGACUAUUGGGGUACAUUUCUGGAAUUCACUGAGUCGUCGUCAUAAAUUUAAAAUCAAAGGAAGUCGAUCUCUAAUAGAAUAUUUCUUUUAUAAAUACUGCCCAAGUACAUAUGAAACUCUCCUAAAAUGA